AUGAAGUUGAUUUUGGUUUUUGCUUUCGUUUUUUCUCUCGGCGUGUUGACUCUGUUGGCGGAAAGUAUUCCCCGGCAAGAAGACAGCCAAGCGCUCGUGUCAAAGCAGGAUGAUCACUCGGUAAAUUACCGUUCUGAUUCGCAGAACAGACUUAAGAGAGGAACCCACUCAGGUUUGUUGAAUAAUCACUGGUCCUUUGAUCUGCUCGGUGAUCUUCUUUCUCGCUCAUCGGACGCUGUGGUUCGCUUGGCUCACAUUUUUCGCGGUCGCGCUCGGCUUUCACAUAGUCCCACAGUGCCAGUUCUCAAGUUAAAUCAUAUCUCUAACUUCAGUCGUCGUUUUUUCUCUGAGAUGAUUAUCGUAACCCAAAUUAACCACAUAACUCAAAAGAAAGUCAAGUUAGCAUUCUAUCAUAGGUCCCAAGAAAAGCUUGAAUGCCUAGACUACGAACUGCUCUUUCGAGCUCUUUAACACAAUCUGCGGCGCUUGAACACCCAGAACAAUUCCACCGGUGCGAAGAUCUUUGAUUAAACGAACAUUCUGGACACCUCAGUUAGGUUUUGAGUACUUAUUAUCUUAAGUAGCAUUUUGUAUCUAAAUUCCCUGAGUUCAUUAUGUAUAAUGGCACUGAGAAUUUGAAAAUGAUGACAUGAAGCCAGCGAGACGUCAUUCAACAUCACAGUCACUGAUUUUUAUUCUCAACUGUUGUCGCCGAAAACUUCCGUUAUCAGAGUUUAAUAUCUAAAUGUUUUGAGAAAUCGCUUCUUAUCGAUAUAAUUACCAUCAACCGAAUUGCAAAGUUAAAUAAAACUGUUGGGAAAAAAAAAUUACAAGGGAGAUUAUCGAAUUAAAUUGCAGCCAGUUAAACAUCAAUCAGUUUAAGAGAAGUUACAUCUUAUUGUUGCAGUUCGCUGGCGCAAAGUAAACAAGUGGCCAGUAUGUUUUGAAGCCAAAGGCAACCAGUUCGGAAGAUUUUACGUCCCGGGGGGAAGAUUAGCUGCCAUAAAGCUGGUACAUCUGUACGGAUACGUGUCCUGUCACGUUCACGGCCCAUCUUUCUGGUCCUACUGGGGCUGUGGCGACAAUCCGUCGAUGGGGUUAAACACUCAAGUCAACGCUGUCAUCACAGACUCAAGCAACCACAUUCUACUCCCGCCAAUUCAGUUCCAGAAGAUCAGCAGCUUAAAGUGGUACAGGGUUCCCGGAUAUAAUUCCCUCUCACCUGAGCUUGUUCUGCCAUUCUUUUCGUCUCCGAAAUGGGUCCAUUCCAACCAAGAAUUACGCGUGUGGUACGGUGAAAACUUGGUCAAGAACAACGGAGAUAACGGAGGAAAAGUGUGCGCUGAUGUCUAUGCUCUCUUUGUGUGA